AUGUCCAUGAGCGGAAUGGACAUGGGCCAUAUGGGCUCCAUGUCCAUGGGUGAUGGUGUCCCCAGUCUCUUCUACCUGCAGAAAAUGUACUGGGCGGUCGUAGGUAGUGCUAUCGCCGCGGGGACAGUCGUUAACAUUCUCAAUCGCUUUCUCGCCGUACAGAGACUCCGCGACACCACCCUCACGCCAUCCAAACCCAAGUCGCUAUUUUUCAACUCUUACGCGACCUUAACCGCCAUUGUGCGAGAAGCCAGCUAUGCGACACUCCCGCCGUUAUCAAUCGGUGGCCGGACUGUCCACUUUGCGCCAUUGGGACCACUCGCCAUCGUUCUCGCCAAUCUCGUGGUCGUCCUGGUCUUUUGCUUCUACAAGUUGGACACCACCAACCAGUGGAAGUGGGAGGAUGUCGGCUAUCGCACGGGCUUUGUAGCCCUCGCCCAACUUCCACUGAUCUUCCUGCUGGCGGGAAGACAGAACCUGAUCGGUCUCUUUGUCGGCAUGAGCUACGAACGGUUAAACUGGUUCCAUCGAUGGGUUGCGCGAACUCUCUGGCUGACUGCCACCAUUCACAUGGGAUUUUGGUUCCGCAGCUGGGGUCGUUACAACUACAUCGUACACCAGUUGCGAAACGACGCAUUAGCCAAACGAGGAUUCGCCGCAUGGUGCAUCCUCACCUUCAUCGUUCUCACUUCAAUGGCUCCGGUCCGUCGAUUAAGUUACGAGAUCUUCGUCCUUCAGCAUCUCGUCACAUUCGUCGGUUUCGUCGUCGCCGUCUGGCUGCAUGCGCCAGCGGAAGUCAAGGUCUGGGUGUGGAUCUCCAUCGGCUUUCUAGUGUUUGACCGAGUCGCCCGCUAUGCAUGGGCAACAUACGCAAAUUUGUCAAUGUUCCACCCUUCAUCCAAGAAUCACCCGCUGUGGGCUAACCGUGCCUCCUUCACACCGCUUCCGGGCAAUGUCACUCGGAUCACCAUCGAGAAUCCGGGGGUGCGCUGGAAGCCCGGACAGCAUGUCUUCCUCACCUGUCACUCUAUCGCCCCAUUGCAGAGCCACCCGUUCACCAUAUCUUCGAUACCAGAUGACAACAAAAUGGAGUUCCUCGUUCGUGCUGAAAAGGGCGGCACGAAACGGUUCUUCCGCUACGCUUCCAAAUCCCACAACAUCCUCGGAACUAGCGACACCGCGCCGGUUCAAAAAUUCCGCACGGUCUUCAUCGACGGUCCGUACGGCAGGAUCCGUUCCCUGCAUCAAUUUGACAGCGUGGUCCUCAUUGCCGGAGGCAUGGGCAUCACCUACACACUUCCCUGUCUACGGGACAUUGUUUCCCGAUGGAAGACAGAGUGCAGCCGGGAUACAUGCUUAAAGACUCGGUUGACGACCACAAAACGACUCCGCUUCGUGUGGGUGAUCAAAUCGCGAGCCCAGCUCAGCUGGUGCGAGACACAGCUUCAAUCCGUGCUUGCGGAUGUCGAAGCCUGCCAACGCGCGCAGCCUGACUUUCCCCGCGAAGUCGAGCUCAGCAUCUAUGUAACUUGCGAUGAGAAGUUGGAGGCUCAGCCUGGGUCCACGCUACUUUCAAAGCCUGUCCCACAGGCGCCCAUCGUUGUCAGCACGGGCGCAGCGCCCGUCGAGAAGCCAGGGGACGAGAAGAAAGUCAUCGAUGAGAUUUCCAUCCACUCCAACUCAUCACCUGCCUCGGACACUGCACCAAAGACCGGCUGUCUACCCAGCGGCGGAUGUUGCUGCUGCACAGCCUCUGUGGAGGACGAAGACGAGAUCACUCAAUACACGUGCACCUGCUCCGGCCAUGCGCCUCAGCCACAGCCAGAGAAACAAGACUCUGAAAAGAACACUGCGUCAACCGAACCCGUCCUUGAGCGAGUGGAGUCUGUAUCGCACUACCUGCCUAUUGUCUCCGGUCGACCACAGCCCCGCACUAUCAUCCGGAAGGUCCUGGAGCGAGCCGAGGGCGAGAGUGCGGUGGUCGUAUGUGGACCCGAAGGAUUGUCUGACGACGUUCGUCGGAGCGUCGUGUAUCUGAGCGAUGAGCGGGCUGUUCACAAAGGGACCGGUGCGCAAGGGAUAUACUUGCAUGUUGAAAAGUUCGGGUGGUGA